UACUGUGUCUCUCGCUUGUCCCCACCAUAUAAACCCCGACAAGCCCAUUCCUCUGCAAUUCACGCACCCCCUUCUGAUCUCUGUUUUCCCACGCUCUCGCAUCAUACUCCCGCAGAUAGACCAAAGCAAAGGAGAAGAAGAAUGGCGCUCGGAAAAUCAGGCAAGCUUUCGCAGACGGCAGUUAUCAAGCAGAUCGUGAGGAGGUGUUCGAGCUUCGGCAAGAACAAGCACGCGUGCGAUCAAGAAGGCCUUCCUCUGGACGUGCCCAAGGGCCACUUCGUCGUGUACGUCGGGGAGCGCAGGAGCCGUCACGUCGUCCCCAUCGAUUUCUUGGCCCGACCCGACUUCCAGAGCCUGCUCCAGCAAGCCGAGGAGCAGUUCGGGUUCCACCACGAGACGGGCUUGACGAUACCUUGCGGGGAAGAGGAGUUCGUGUCGCUCUGCUUUGGCCACAGGGAAGAGUUUCGGUCGCCGAAACCGAAUCUCAGAUAGGGAAAAGGUGGGCAUGGGCUUGGCGUCCUGGGUUCAUGUUCUUUUUCAGUGUUUUUUAGGGGUUUGGUCGUCCUUGAUUUAGGGGACCUUUGCCUUUGAAUGGAAAAGAAAAGACGGUGGAUUAGUAAAUAGUAAUGUAACAUGAAAGCCCGUGAUUAGAGCUGGGUUGGGCAGAUAUGUGAAUUAACGCUCUGGUAUUGAGAGUUUCCUCACGGUGGUGUGGAGUGGAAGGUGUGCCAUUGUGCCUUACCUACCCUGCGAGAGAACUCGAAUUUACUGAUCCUGGGGACUCUGUUUCCCUUAGUUCUAGUGUUUCCGUGCACGCCCUAUCUUUAUGUAUUGAUCUUGGCUGUGCAGACUCUGUAAUCUUUGUGUUACUGAUACAUGCAGAUUGUUACUGGCGACAAGUAAAA